AUGGCCACCUGCAUCAAUGGCGGCGAGCUGCAAGUUCGGGUCGUGAGCCGGCGACUCGUGCAGGCCUCCGACGAGUCCCUCCGGCCGCACGUCCUCGCCGUCUCCAACCUCGACCUCCUCCCGCAGUCCAUCCAGGUCUCCAUGAUCUGCAUCUACCCCAACCCACCCACCUCCGCCGGCGGCUUCCACGACGUCGUCGCGGCGUUCGCCGCCGGCUUGCCGUCGUUGCUCAACCACUUCUUCCCGCUCGCCGACCGCAUCGCCGUCAACCCUUGCUCCGGCCUCCCCGAGAUCCACUGCUACAACCAAGGCGCGGAGCUCGUCGUCGGCGAGGCCGACGUGGCUCUCGCUAGCCUGGACUACGGUAGGGUCGGGGAGUCGAUCCAGAAGAUCCUGCUGCCGUACGCCGGCGACGUGGCGCUGUCGGUGCAGGUGGUGUCGUUCGCCUGCGGCGGCUUCACCGUGGCGUGGGGCACCAACCAUGUCGUCGUGGACGGGAGAGCCCUGAGCAUGCUCGUCGGCUCGUGGUCCGAGCUCGCGCGGUCGGGAACGCUCGCCGCCGGAGCACGGCCCAACCACGACCGCUCCGUGUUCCGGCCGCGCGCCACGCCGUCGUACGACGCGUCGCUCGACGAGGCGUUCACGCCGCUGGACGGCGACGGCGAGCGCCAGAUCAACGUCCUGACGAGCGACGAGAGCUUCGUCGGCGUGCGCCUGUACUACAUCGAGGCGGCGGACAUCGCCCGGCUACGCGAGCAGGCGCGGGCGACGCGGGUACAGGCGGUGUCCGCGUACCUGUGGAAGGCCCUCGCCGCGGUGGUGGGCUCGCGCGACGCGCGCUGCCGCAUGGUGUGGUGGGUGGACGGCCGCCGGCGUCUCACUCUCUCCUCCUCGCCGGAGCUCCGCGCCGCGAUGCGCAGCUACGUGGGCAACGUCACGACCUUCGCGGAACAUGUGUCUAUUUGCCGUGUGUAGAUUAUAUCAAUUAACCCUUGUGUCUAAUUUAUUUCAGGAACAUGCUCUGCUCAGUAUGUCCAAAUCAUGGUGCUGCACUUCUCAAAGGUUGAUCAUAGCUCAGGCAAUGGUAAUAUGAUGCAAUGAUCCUGCUAUCAAGGGUCUAUCUUCGAUGAAGAAAUCAGUCUAUCUUCGAUGAAUAAAUCAUUCUCACUUGUUGGACAGCAUAUUUAUAUGUACUUUUGCUUAAUGCCCUAUUGUUGAUGUGACUUUUGGAUCUGUAAACCGUUAUGUUUAUUUUGCUUUAUCCUCUAUUACCUUGUCAGUUCUUUGGAACUACAGAUAUCUUUCGUUACCAUGUCCUUUUGUUAAGACUUGUGUUCGGACUGGUAUGAUAUUAUCGAUUAAUCUAUGGUAUUUGAGUUA